AUGUCAGUGGACAAGACAAUCGAAGAGCUCAGCUACACGUUGGCUCAACUGGGCACUCUCGUUGGUCAUAUCAAUUCACAAAUUGGACAGCUUGCAUCCAGGUCAUUAAAUAAUCCUGUUCAGCGCGCUGGCGUUCCGUUCACAGUUUACAUUAAGGUUCCGAAUGGAUGGUUAUUCUAUCUGCUCUUUCUGACGAUUAUUGCUGUGUUUGUGCUGUUAUCAGUGGUAUUGUUAUUGAGUAUGAUAACGCGAUGCAAUGAAGUGUUCAGACUAAUCAAACAGUCCCGCACCUCUGGUCAGCUCACUAUUUCACUUCUCUUCCCUACGCCAAAUCAAUUGCUAUCAUUUGAUAUUAUUGCAAGAUGUCACUGA